ACCGCCUCCUAUUUAAGAAGGAUAGAUAGAAUCGGUAAAGUAAAAACCCUAACUUAUAGAGAGGCAGCCGGAUACCAAAAUCAUUUGUUCGUCAUGAAAAGCGGCCAUCAUGAUUAAUGAAGAAGAAAAUCAGAUCUUGGUUGGUGGUGGUAGCAAACCCGUUGACGGAGGAGAAGCGGAGAAAAAAGAUCAGAUAACAAUGUUUGGAGAGUAUGAAAUUAUAAGGCACGAAAAGAUUGAGAUUGCCUUAGGUCCCAGUGUGUAUGAAAAGGUCAAGGUGAAAGUGUACCAUAAUGUGAUUGGAGAUCUGUGUACAUGUGACAUAACUUCAAAUGUCACAAAUGGCUCAGUAAAACAAGCAUGCGUCCUGCAUCCAGAAGGUAUUGCGCGCUGGCACGAAAAAGCGAGAAUCCGAAUUCCGAAGGAACGCACAAACUGCCCAGUGUAAGAAAAUAAAGCUAGAGAGAGAGAAGAGAAAAAGAAGAAAGCAUCAGAUCCAACAACAUUAGGUGCUGCUCGAGCAGCCUCUUGGGAGAAACUCUUUGUGAGAGGAAUGUCAUGUCAUGUCUGUUGGUCUGUUGGUCGAAUAGAAAUGAGAGGAAUGUCAUGUCUCUCUGGACCAUCGUAAGAUAAAUAUUUAUGUGAAUCUCUCUAGAAAGACCCCUUUCAACUUCUACAAAGUAUUUUAUAUUUAUAAUGAACUAGUCAUUGUGUAUGGUCUGCAUGAUACUUCCUA